CUGGUACGCUCCCACCACGGCGCAGCGCGUCACGGUAACCUCUGACACGACUCGGACCGUCCACUGAAACUUGAACAUCUUGAUUUCAUCCGCGACACGCAAAGCCCGCUCUCGGACUCGCGACGCCAUCGUUAGAGACACAACCCCCGAAAACCCCCAGUUCGCCCAUCGAUCGGUCGAUCUUGUCUCCCAGCAGUUGGCUCCCCCAGCAGUUGGCCAUGACAGUACAGCUCGACCACCAAACGCUGGGCAUCGUGUUCCAAUCCAGGCCAGACAUUCUGGCGAGCAUUCAAACCGCUGCCGACUCGCCCGCGCGUAUAAGACUGUUCAACGACAUUGCCAGUUAUGUCCACGAGCGACUCGGCUCGGCCGACGCCCAAGACGGGCCUGCAUCGAAGAGGAGACGGAUCGAUGUCGCGCAAUCGCCCACGCAAACGCAUCCAAUUGGGCAUACACAGAGCAGGCCGUUGCCAGCAGGUUCGCAGCUGGCCGCCCUGAGCCCCGACGCAGCUUCCCAGGACUUUGUCUUGCUCGAGAUUAACGAUAUAUCGAUUACGGCGCCACAGCGCAAGAAGUACGACCUUUGCUUCACCAAAAACUUCCUGUAUGCCCGAGCGCCGGGCACGUCGGUCCCACUCCAGGGCAUCGUGUACCCUUGGAAGAGUAUCGAGCACGCAUUUUACCUACCCGUCCCCGACAAGUCGCAAGUACAGUACAACUAUGUUCUCCUGCCGCGCGACAGCUACCUGCCCACGACGAAACAAGGCAGUACGAACCCCGGUGAUAGACAAACCCCGCUCGAGCCUCUCGUUUUCACAGUGCCUGCCACAGCUCCAAAACCCGGCAGCGUCGGCGGACCCUCAGUCAAGACAGCCGAGGCAGUCUCCGACACAUACAGCAGCUUGUUUCACUGGGCCCUGACGACGUCGAUGCGCUCGGCCGGCAACCACUCGUGCCAGCUGAUCGGCUCCGACCCCAAGCUGUUCCACAGCGUGGCGCGGCAGCCCCACCGCCCCAACGAGAAGGCGGUCCACGUCAAGGCAUUCCGGGGCAGCAAGGACGGCUUCCUCUUCUUCCUCCCCACCGGCAUCCUCUGGGGCUUCAAGAAGCCCUUGCUCUUCCUGCCGCUGGACCGCAUCGUUGCCGUCAGCUACACCAACGUCCUCCGCACCACCUUCAACAUUGUCGUCGAGCUCGACACGGAUCAUCAUCAUGUAAGAUCGGGUGACGCCAACGGCGGCGGCGCCGUGGAGAAGGAGAUUGAGUUUGGCAUGAUCGACCAGGAGGAUUAUCGGGGCAUUGACGAGACGUACGUCCGCCGCCACGGCCUCGCCGACCGCAGCAUGGCAGAGCAGCGCAAGGCGAAGCGCGAGCUCGCUGAGAAUAUCAAGAAGCACCCCGCUGCUGCCGGGGAGGGGGACAUCGAAGGCAAAGCAGAGGGAGGCAGCGCCGCGGACGAUGGCCUGACGGAGCUGGAGAGGGCCCAGCGGGAGGCUGAGCAGCGGUUGCAGGACGAGGAGGACGAGAUGGAGGAGGACUAUGAUCCGGGCAGUGAAGGGGAGAGCGAGGGCGAGGGGGGCUCGAGUGAGGAAGAAGAGGACGACGAUGAGGACGCUCAGGGCGAGUAUGAUGAAGAUGACGAGGAUGAGGGCGGGGAAGACUGAGUUUUCGAGAUAUCCUGGCUCCGGUUGCUGUAAAUAACUGACUUGAGUGUCAGGGCCGCCUUUCUGCCUGGGUCGUGUUUCUACAAUGGAUACUGAUGAUGAUGAUGAUGUUGGAUGGGGAUGGAAACACUGCAGG